AUGAUAUUGGAAGUUAAACUUUCAAAUGUAAAUAUUAACUUAAUUGAAGAAGAAAUUUUGAACAAACAAAAUUAUGAUGUGCAAGAUAAUAAUGAAUCAGGAACAGACAUUAUUACACAAUUUAACAAACUUUAUGAUACAGAUGUUCAAAGUACUGAACAUCCAGCAAUAAAUUCUGAUGGGAA